CAUUUUUCAAUUAUAGGCCAUUUUUUAAAAAAUGGUUAGUCCAUAUACUUUUCCCUUUAAAAAAUCUAAAAAUUGGUGAGGCUUGGUGGAAAGCGCGUAACUGGACCCUAGUAGAUUAAAAUACCAGACGACAUUCAAAGUCGUUAUUCAAACUCCUCCAUAGUCCAUUUUUUAUUUUAAUUCUACGCACACAUCUCAUAUACCAACAACACCCAGAUCACCCUCUUUAUUACUAUUUCUUUUACAUAUUUCUUUUUUCUACAACUUUGUCACACUUUCCUUUUUCACACAUCAUUUUUCUAGGUUCUUGGGGAUUUUCCAUUUACUCAUACUUUCUUGAAGAUUUUUUUACUUUCUGCUGUUUAAGCAUACCGUAAAAGAAAGUAAAAAAAAAGGAGAUUUUUCCUGUGUUAUACAUCUUCCUGUGUUCUAAUCCAGCUCAUUUUUCUGGGUUUUUGGGGAUUUUCCAUUUAGUGAUACUUUCUUGAAGUAUUAAUGAUGGUGACAAAGUUCUAUCUUUUCAUUUUGUUGUUUAUAUUCUUGACUUUUUCUUCUGGUUGUGUUGCUUCUGAAGGAUUUUACAGUUUCAGAAAUCUGAACGCUAGUGCUUCUGGAAUUGAAUUCCCUGAACAUCCUAGCUUCAAUGGUGUUUCUUCUACUGCAAACUCAGAUUGCAACUAUGGAGCAGAUGAAGAUGUUGGAAACAAGCAAAAAGAAACUGUGAAAUUUGAUCUCAGGCAUAGAUCAGCUGGUCAAAAAAUUGAGGCUAAAGACUCAGUUUUUAAGGAUUUGAGUAGGAUUCAGACAUUGCAUACAAGGAUUGUUGAGAAGAAAAAUCAGCAUACUGUUUCAAGAAUUGCUAAAAGUACUGAAAAAAAUGGGAUUGAGAUUACUCCGGCAGCCGCUUCACCGGUACCGGAAUCUUUGUCUUAUGAGCUUUCUGGGAAGCUUAUGGCAACUUUGGAAUCAGGGGUGAGUCUUGGUUCUGGAGAGUAUUUUAUGGAUGUUUUUGUUGGUACACCUCCUAGGCAUUUUUCUUUGAUUCUUGAUACUGGUAGCGAUCUUAAUUGGAUUCAAUGUGUUCCUUGUUAUGAUUGUUUUGAACAAAAUGGACCCCAUUAUGAUCCUAAGGAUUCUAGUUCUUUUAAAAAUAUAAGUUGUCAUGAUCCUAGAUGUCAAUUUGUUACAUCUCCUGAUCCUCCACAGCCUUGUAAGUCGGAGAAUCAACAUCAAACUUGUCCUUAUUACUAUUGGUAUGGUGAUAGCUCAAACACGACGGGUGAUUUUGCGCUAGAAACGUUUACUGUGAAUCUCACGACACCAAGUGGGAGCGAGUUUAGGAAGGUGGAAGAUGUGAUGUUUGGUUGUGGUCAUUGGAAUAGAGGGUUGUUUCAUGGUGCAGCUGGUUUGUUGGGACUUGGGAGAGGGCCACUUUCAUUUGCCUCUCAGCUUCAAUCUUUGUAUGGUCAUUCUUUUUCAUACUGCCUUGUGGAUAGGAAUAGCAAUUCUAGUGUAAGCAGCAAAUUGAUUUUUGGUGAAGAUAAGGACCUUUUGAAGCAUCCACAAUUGAACUUUACUUCAUUGGUUGGUGGCAAAGAAAAUUCUUUGGAAACUUUCUACUAUGUGCAGAUAAAAUCUGUCAUAGUUGGAGGAGAGGUACUGAAUAUACCAAAGGAGACGUGGAAUUUGUCUCCGGAAGGUGUUGGUGGUACAAUCAUUGAUUCAGGAACCACACUGAGUUACUUUGCGGAACCAGCCUAUGAGAUUAUAAAAAAGGCAUUUGUGAAUAAGGUCGAGGGCUAUCCCAUUGUACAAGACUUUCCUAUUCUGAAUCCAUGUUACAAUGUGUCCGGAGUGAAGAACGUGGAAUUUCCCUCCUUUGGAAUUGUGUUUGGUGAUGGAGCCGUAUGGAACUUCCCUAUCGAGAACUAUUACAUCAAACUCGAACCAGAGGAUAUUGUUUGUUUGGCAAUUCUUGGGACUCCUCGGUCUGCUUUGUCCAUAAUUGGAAACUAUCAACAGCAGAAUUUUCAUAUCUUAUAUGACACCAAGAGAUCCAGAUUGGGAUAUGCACCAACAAGAUGUGCUGAUGCUUGAUUUUUUUGUCUAGAAUUCUUGGGUUGGAAGGUGGGAAAAUUGUACACAUUUUGGGUGGAAAAAAUUGUGUUCAUUCUUUCCUGAACUUAAAAAAUAGUUCACAUACAUUGUAGGUUAUACUGUACUUUCCUCUUUAAUUUUUUUAACUGUAGAUGAUUUUGUGUUGCUCACACAAACUGGCAACUAUGUAACAAAACUGUUUAUUGGAAAUGUACUCACUUUUUGGAA